AGCAGGGAUGAGAGCGUGACAAAAGCAGCGGUUGGAGCAAUGGGUGAUCUUGCGACAAUACUCAUGUUUGGUCUGAAAUCAGUUUUGUAUUGUACACAAAUAGCAGCAACUGCAGGUGUGGUCCUUGCAAAGUGAUUGCUCCCAAAUACAAAGAGCUAUCUAAGAAGUAUCAGGAUAUGGUGUUUCUUAAGCUUGACUGCAACCAAGACAACAAGAUUUUUACAAUUGGAACAAAGUGAGGCUGAGGUAUUGCGACGGAGUUUCAUUCGCAGGAGAUUCACAACAUGGCAACGGGACGUCACUGCUUUAUUUCAGAGGACAACGAAUAUGGAAUGCCAUAAUUCUUGACCUUCUUCCCUAAGGUUUAGCAAAAGCCCACAAGCCAUAUGAUUGUAAACGGUGACUGGUUAAGGGUCAAGACUAAUGUGCUCCUUCUCUCGCAGGUCUGGUUCGACCAUCCAACAAUGGUUGCAGAGCCUUCACGUCAAUACUCAUGUUUGGUCUGAAAUCAUUUUUGUAUUGUACACAAAAAGUAACAAUUGCAGGUAACGCAUUAUCAUCUUGUUCUAUGUCCUAACCAUUAAUUCCAGCUAAUAUAGUGCCUAUUCAAUUUAUCUUGUCUCACGGUGAUACUUUAAGUUAGAAAAUCUCAAUUGUGUGCUCCAGAUUCAAUCUUUUGUAUAGAGUUAUGUCUUUUUAUAAACUUCUGAUUUUUGCUUAUUUGUUUAGCAAAAGUAAACAUAAGUUUUGAUAUCCAACAAUUUCUUGACAUGAUAAUAUAUAAUUCGGUAGAGUAAUAUAAAGAGUUAAUUUUAUUGAUUAUAAAUGGGUAGAGGAAUGUAAGGGUGGUACUCCUUUGUGUGCUUGAGAAAAUUUUCAAAUUGAACUCUAAGGUAAGUUUUAAGGUAAAUGCAAUCUAACCAGUACAAUCUAAUUUUAUUUAUUUCAAAAUAAACACCAUAUAAAAUUAACCUGAAAAAAACACAAAAAAAAAAAACACCAAGCCAAAUAUGACAGGGGCUAAAUAUGAAGACUUACUUCGAGAAUUCUAGGAUAAAAUAAAAGAACUUGUAGCUACAUAAUGUGGUCUUAAAUUUGAAAAUUCGGAAUAAGAUAAAUAAAACAUAAAAUAUAAUUUAAAUUAAACAUAGUUCAUAUAGUCCAUGAAGCGGUAGAUUUCCUUGUAAAUAAAGCAUCCAUCGCAUACAUCAUCGAAUUCGCUAGCAAUACAUGUGUUCCCAACUUCAAUCUCACUUAAGAGCAAAUCGUAAUCACGGUAUUUCCUCACACUCAACUCUAGAAUGACUUCAGGACAAUUUUGUUGGCGUUGUCUUACCACCUACAGCCCUUGAUUCUUCCAAAGUUGGGUAACAUUUUGUUCCACAAAACAACAGUAAUUGUUUGCAAAAAAAAAAGAACCAAACAAAAAGCACUUCCAAACUAAGUACAUAACAAACGUUAAUUUACAUAAAUAAAAAACUCCAUCAAUCAAAAAAAAAAAAUACAGCCAAUCAAAACCACACAAUAAAUCAUCAACAAAACAAUCCACAAAUAAUAUGCUAAAGAUAUAAUGAAUCUCUAAUCCAACACAAACAUACAAAAAAUAGAAUACAACACAUGAUAAAAAAACCACACAAAAUAAUUAAAAUUACACAAAAAAACAUACAAAAACCCUCCCAGCCGCGUAGCGCGGGUACUAACAUAGUUUAUCUAAAAGAAACUAGAAUACUUAUAUGAUAGUUCGAAAGUUUGGUUGCAAUUAAAUCUUAAAUUACAUUAAUUAAUUGUUAUGUAAUAAUGCCGAAGUACAUGUAUAUCUCUUUAUCAUAAUGGAUCGAAAUAACAAUUAUUAAUUUCUUGAAAAUUCAAAGUUUAUUCAUGUAAAUUUCGAAUUUACACCAUGGACACGAAAGUCAAAAUUCAUAAUAAACUUACAUUAUUAAUUUCAAAGUAAAUUAUAUUCAUAAAUCUGUUAUUUUAAUGGACUAAUCAUCUAGUCUAGUACAUAAAUUAAUUAGCCACCACUUUGGUAAUUUGAGUUUAAAUUAAUAAGAAGUUAGGCAAUAUUCCCAUUUGUAUAUCAUAUGUUUAGAAUAGUUGACUUCACUAAAGAAAAUUAAAUCUCUAUAAGUUGCAUAUGGAGGGACAAAUAUAUAUAAAAGAUAAAGACUGGCUUUUUUGUUAAAAACAAAAAGAUGGCCACUUUUAGAAGUUUCUUGGUUAUGAUGAUGAGCUCACCAGUAAACAUGGUUAUCGUGAACGGUUUUGAAUAGUGUAUAUACAACACGCGUUUAAAAUCAAUCGUAAAACUUGUUUCGUACUGUUUCAUGUUGCUGUAAACAUUCUAAACUUCCAAAUUAAAACUCUGCAUCUAAACAUCCCAAGCAUUUGUGUGUAGUAAGAAAAAGUACAUGUAUGCGUUCUAACUUAUCUUUCAAAGCGUGCUGUAUUGCAUUCGCUCUAUCAAAGAUUAUCAUGCAAACACAUCCAAUUCUAGUCGCUCCAUCAUCAAUCAUAUAAAACGUUUUAACACUAAAAGCUACAAACAGACCCGCAUCCGCAUUCGCAUUCAUUGCAACUGAACUAGACGCGCCCGUAACCGUAAGCUUUUUGUUUGUUGGGUCAACUAAGGCAUUUAGUCUAAUUAAAUAUUACUAAUAUAGUUGAAGAUUCUAAAAUUCAUUUUUUUUAAAGACUGAUGGAAUUCGAAGGGUUUGUCUGUUUAUCUCUAUAAAAGCCAAGUGUUACGUUUAGUUAUUCUCAAAAGCUCAAACCACUUUCUUGCUCUCUUUGUCUUCAUCUCUAUAUCCAAUGGCUCCUUCUGCGCAUCCUUCCUCAUCACCUCUUCUUACAAGUAAAGAAGAAGAAAAAUAUGCGGAUGUGAAAUGGGACGAGCUCGAAUUCGCUUUGGUUCCAACAGAUUAUAUGUAUGUGGCGAAAUACAAACAAGGAGAGAGCUUUUCAGAAGGAGAAAUUGUUCCUUAUGGGGAUAUUUCAAUAAGCCCUUGUGCUGGCAUCCUCAAUUAUGGCCAGGGACUAUUUGAAGGUCUCAAGGCGUACAGGACAGAAGAUGGACGGAUCACACUCUUCAGGCCUGACGAAAACGCUCUUCGUAUGCAAACAGGUGCGGAUAGGCUUUGUAUGACACCUCCUUCUCCGGACCAAUUCGUAGAAGCAGUUAAGCAAACGGUGCUUGCCAACAACAAAUGGGUACCUCCUCCCGGUAAAGGAGCUUUGUAUAUUAGGCCUCUACUCAUAGGUACUGGUGCUAUCCUUGGAGUAGCUUCAGCACCUGAAUAUACGUUCCUCAUUUACACAUCUCCCGUUGGAAAUUAUCACAAGGCAAGUUCAGGCUUGAACCUCAAAGUUGAUGAUAAGCAUCGCCGAGCUCACUCCGGUGGAACAGGGGGUGUGAAGAGUUGCACCAACUAUUCUCCAGUUGUAAAAUCUUUGAUUGAAGCAAAAUCAUCGGUUUUCUCUGAUGUCUUGUUCCUGGACGCGGCGACUGGUAAAAACAUCGAAGAGAUUUCUACUUGUAACAUCUUUAUUCUCAAGGGAAACAUUGUGUCCACUCCACCAACUUCAGGAACCAUUUUACCAGGAAUCACAAGGAAAAGCAUAAGCGAGCUAGCUCGUGAUAUUGGCUACCAGAUUCAAGAACGGAAUGUUUCUGUUGAUGAGCUACUAGAGGCAGAAGAAGUUUUCUGCACAGGGACUGCAAUGGUCCUUAAAGCUGUUGAAACCGUGACCUUCCAUGACAAGAAAAUAAAAUACAAGACAGGAGAAGAGGCAUUGUCUACGAAGCUUCACUUGAUGUUAACCAAUAUUCAAACUGGAGUUGUUGAAGAUCACAAAGGUUGGAUGGUGGAUAUCAGUAGUUGAGUUGGAAUAAAUUCGUUUCCUGGUCAGAUAAAAAAAGAUAUCAAAGAAUAAAGAAAUCAGGAANAAAAAAGGAAA